CUCCCCGCCCGCCCUCACUCCCUGCCGCCUGCGGAGCCGCCGCCGAGCGGCCCUUCUUUCUCCCCUCAGCGCCCCGGAGCCGCGGGGCGGAGCGGGGGGUGCGAUGGCCACCGUGGUAGUGGAAGCGGACUCGGAGCCCUCCUGCAGCCUCCCGAACCCUGCCGCUCCCUCGCCCAGCCUGUCGCAUCGCUUCCUGGACAGCAAGUUCUACCUGCUGGUGGUCAUCGGCGAGCUGGUGACAGAGGAGCACCUGCGCCGCGCCAUCACCAACAUUGAACGAGGAAUCCGAUCAUGGGACACAAACCUGGUUGAAUGCAACUUGGAUCAAGAGCUGAAACUUUUUGUGUCUCGCCAUUCGGCUCGAUUCUCUCCAGACGUUCGAGGUCAGAAAAUUCUUCACCACAGAAGUGACGUCUUAGAAACUGUAGUCCUGAUCAAUCCCUCAGAUGAAGCAGUUAGUACUGAGGUGCGUUUGAUGAUCACAGAUGCUGCAAGACACAAGCUCCUUGUGCUAACUGGACAGUGUUUUGAAAACACAGGAGAACUCAUUCUUCAGUCAGGAUCAUUCUCCUUCCAGAACUUCAUUGAGAUUUUCACAGAUCAAGAGAUUGGUGAAUUACUGAGUACCACACACCCUGCCAACAAAGCCAGCUUAACUCUUUUCUGCCCCGAGGAAGGGGACUGGAAAAAUUCCAACCUUGACAGACACAACCUUCAAGACUUCAUUAACAUUAAGCUCAACUCAUCUUCCAUAUUGCCUGAAAUGGAAGGACUUUCUGAAUUUACAGAAUACCUGUCAGAAUCAGUAGAAGUGCCAUCGCCCUUUGACAUUUUAGAGCCUCCAACCUCAGGAGGCUUCUUGAAACUCUCCAAGCCCUGCUGUUAUAUUUUCCCAGGUGGAAGAGGGGACUCUGCCUUGUUUGCAGUGAAUGGAUUCAAUAUGCUUAUCAAUGGAGGAUCUGAAAGAAAAUCUUGCUUUUGGAAGCUUAUCCGACAUUUGGACAGGGUAGAUUCCAUUCUUCUCACUCAUAUUGGGGAUGAUAACCUGCCGGGAAUCAAUAGCAUGCUUCAGAGAAAGAUAGCUGAAUUAGAAGAGGAACAAUCUCAAGGGUCUACUACCAACAGUGACUGGAUGAAAAAUCUGAUCUCACCUGAUUUAGGAGUUGUAUUCCUUAAUGUACCUGAGAACCUGAAGAACAUGGAUCCAAGCUUCAGAAUUAAAAGAAGUGUGGAGGAAGCUUGCUUCACUCUCCAGUACUUAAAUAAGCUGUCCAUGAAACCAGAACCUCUCUUCAGAAAUGUAGGCAAUACAAUUGACCCAAUCAUUUUAUUCCAGAAAAUGGGAGUUGGCAAACUUGAGAUGUACGUGCUUAAUCCUGUCAAAAGUAGCAAAGAGAUGCAGUAUUUUAUGCAUCAGUGGAGUGGUACUAGCAAGGAUAAAGCUGAAUUUCUGCUACCAAAUGGCCAAGAACUAGACAUUCCAUUAUCCUAUUUCACUUCUGUCUCAUCCCUGAUUGUGUGGCAUCCUGCUAAUCCUGCAGAAAAAAUAGUCCGAGUUCUGUUUCCUGGAAACAGCACCCAAUAUAAUAUUCUAGAAGGACUAGAAAAACUCAAACACUUAGACUUCCUUAAACAACCAGUGGUUACACAAAAAGACCUGACUGGAAACAUCGCUAGUACAGUUGUGAAACAAGCGAAGCUGAAACAACGAACAGACAGCAAGGAGAGUCUGAAGCCUGCUGCAAAGCCAACACCAAGCAAGACUGUCAAAAAAGAAUCUAAAGAAGAAACGCUGGAGCCUGCAAAGCCUAGUCCAGUACCAGAAAAGCCACAGAAAUUAGAAAGCAAAGAAAAAACUCCAGUUAAAAAAGAGAAACCAGUGAAACCCGAAACCAAAACUAUUGUGGCAGAAAAAGAUGUAAACAGCAAGGAAGAGCAAUUAGGGAAAUCUGAAACUCCUGAAAAACAGGCUACAGAUGUAAAACCAAAAGUAACAAAGGAGAAGUCAGUGAAAAAGGAAGUCAAAGCAAAACCUGAAGAAAAGAAAGAUGAAAAAGAAAAACCAAAGAAAGAAGUUUCUAAAAAAGAGGAGAAAACACCCAUCAAAAAGGAGGAAAAGCCCAAAAAAGAAGAUGUCAAGAAAGAAGUUAAAAAAGAGAUGAAAAAGGAAGAGAAAAAGGAAGUUAAGAAGGAAGUAAAGAAAGAAUCCCCACCAAAGGAAGCUAAAAGAGAAGUUAAAAAGGAAGAGAAGAAAGAAAUUAAGAAGGAAGAAAAGGAAGCCAAAAAGGACAUCAAGAAGGUUCCUAAAGAAGUAAAGAAGAUAACUACUCCUUCAGCUGAAGCCAAAAAACCAGCAGCAAAGCCUAAACCACAGAAGAAGGAGGAACCUGCUAAAAAAGAAGCAGUACCUGCUGGAAAAGCAAAGGAAAAAGGAAAAGUUAAGACUGUUAAGAAGGAGAGCAAAGUCAGUGGAGCACAAACUGCCCUCACAGCAGUUGGAGCUGCUGUUACAACUGUAGUAGCUGCAGCAGCUGCAGAAAUGACUGCUAGUGGGAAAGAACUGGAAGCAGAAAGGUCUCUAAUGUCUUCACCAGAAGAUUUAACAAAGGAUUUUGAAGAAUUAAAAGCUGAAGAAGUCGAAACAAUAAAAGCAACAAGACCUCAGGUUGCACUCAUUGAGGAUGAACUGAAACUCACUGGCAAAGAACAUAAGGAGGCCUUUGAAGUACAAAAGGAAAAAUUAGAAAAUGAAGGACCUGCAGAAUCCUCUGAUGAAGGCAUAACAACCACAGAGGCUGAGGGUGAGUGUGAACAAACACCUGAAGAACUGGAACCUGUAGAAAAGCACGGAGUUGUUGACAUUGAAAAGUUUGAAGAUGAGGGAACUGGCUUGGAAGAAUUGUCUGAAGCAGGAGAUUAUGAGGAAAAGGCAGAGACUGAAGAAGCUGAAGAACGAGGUGAAGAUGAGGAAGAAAAGACAUCACUUGACACCAAAAAACCGUACAUGGAAGAAGCAAGAAGAAUUCAUGACUAUUCAGAAGAAAUAAUGGCUGAAACAGAUGCUAACAAUAAAGACGAAAAAUAUAUUGAAAAGGCAGAUUACGAGACAUCAGAUGAACGGGCUGAGGAGGACAGGGAAGAAGCAGUAGAAAAGGCAGAAACUGAAGAGACCGAAGAAGAGGAGGAAGACAAAGCAGAAGACAUCAGAGAUGAAGAGGAGACUGAAAAAAUAGAAGCUGAAGAAGAUUAUGUGAUGGCUGUGGUAGACAAAGCUGCAGAAGCUGGUGAUGUUGAAGAUAAAUAUGGCCUGCUCAUAAUUACACCAACAAAACGCUCAGAGCCUCAGUCUCCAGCAGUUGAACCAGCCUCUUCUAUCCAUGAUGAGACAUUACCUGGUGGUUCAGAAAGUGAAGCCACUGUUUCUGAUGAAGAAAAUAGAGAAGAUCAGCCUGAGGAAUUCACAGCUACUUCAGGUUAUACACAGUCUACUAUUGAAAUAUCUAGUGAACCAACUCCUAUGGAUGAAAUGUCUACACCCCGGGAUGUCAUGAGUGAUGAAACUAACAAUGAGGAAAGCGAAUCGCCUUCUCAGGAGUAUGUGAACAUUACCAAGUAUGAAACAUCACUGUACUCUCAAGAGUUCGGUAGACCUAAACUUUCUCCACUUCCAGAUGCUUUUAAUGGAUUAUCUGAAGGAUCCAAAACAGAGGCCACAGAAGGUAAAGACUAUAAUGCCUCAGCUUCUACCAUCUCACCACCUUCUUCAUUAGAAGAAGACAAGUUCUGUAAAUCUGCAUUCCAGGAUGUGUACCGGCAAAAAGAAAGUGAAACUGCUAAGUUUGAAAUCAAAGAAACCUGUCCGGAAGAUGUUGAUGUUACUGGGAAACGUAGUCCAGCCAAGAGUCCAGCUGAUAGUUUGUCCCCUCCAUCAUCAGUUGCCAAAACACCACUGGGUGAACGUAGUGUGAACUUCUCUCUGACUCCCAAUGAGAUCAAGGUCUCAGCUGAGACUGCCUCCAUUACUGCAUUGCCCAGUGUACAUCAAGAAAUUGCUGAAGAACACUGUGCAAGUCCUGAAGAUAAAACAUUAGAAGUAGCAUCUCCCUCACAAUCUGCUGCUGGUAGUGCUGGCCACACACCUUACUAUCAGUCUCCCACUGAUGAAAAAUCCAGUCAGCUUCCCUCUGAAACAAGUGAAAAGUCAUCAGAAGCUCCAGUUAGUGUUGAAUUCAGUGAAGUCAAAGAUGAGUUCGCAAAAUCUAGAAUAAGCCCUAUGGAUGAACCUGUGCCAGAUUCAGAAUCUCCUAUUGAAAAGGUUCUCUCACCUCUACGGAGUCCCCCACUGAUAGGUUCAGAGACCUCUUAUGAUACAUUUUUGAGUGCUGAUGUAAAAUCUCCCACCAGAGAUUAUGGAAGUCCUUCUGUAGGAAAACCUGAAAAAGAAAAGUCGCCUGUUCAGAUGAGCCCAGUUUCUGAAGCCAGUUCAGUGGGCCUUUUCCAAGAAAAACAAGAUGAGAAAAGCGUGGAGUUUAUGGUAAUUAAGGAAGGCUUCAGCCUAGAAAGAAAAACAGAGGAUACGGAACCCAGCAGCUCUCAGUCUUCACUAGUCUUGGAUGAACGGAAAUUGACUGGUGAUCUCUCACCUACUCAAAUAGAUAUCAGUCAGUUUGGUUCCUUAAAAGAAGACACCAAAAUGUCAAUAUCUGAAGGUACUGUUUCUGACAAGUCUGCAACUCCUGUUGAUGAGGUUGUAGCAGAAGAUACCUAUUCACAUAUUGAAGGAGUGGCUUCUGUCUCCACAGCAUCUGUUGCUACUAGUUCAUUUCCAGAACCAACAACUGAUGAUGUAUCCCCUUCUUUGCAUGCUGAGGUUGGAUCCCCUCACUCAACAGAAGUUGAUGAUUCCCUUUCAGUCUCCGUUGUUCAAACACCAACAACGUUUCAAGAAACUGAAAUGUCUCCAUCUAAGGAGGAAUGCCCAAGGCCUAUGUCCAUUUCUCCACCAGAUUUCUCACCUAAGACAGCAAAAUCAAGAACUCCAGUGCAUGAUCACAGAUCUCCUGAACAUUCAACUAUGUCAGUAGAAUUUGGCCAGGAAUCCCCUGAGCAGUCUUUAGCAAUGGAUUUCAGUAGGCAGUCUCCCGAAUAUCCCACUGCAGGCACUGGUAUACACCAUAUAUCUGAAAAUGGACCGACUGAAGUAGAUUAUAGCCCUUCAGAUAUACAGGAGCCCACUUUUGCGAGGAAGAUUUCCCCAGUGGAGCAUACACCUUACUCUCAGGAGAAGGAUAUUUCAGAAAUUAUUUCAGUUUCUCAAAUUGAAGCUUCAUCUUCAAGCUCAUCAGCUCAUACACCUUCCCAGGUAACUUCACCACUACCAGAAGAAACCUUUUCAGGAGCUGUUCCACCCAGAGAUAUGUCACUUCAUUCUUUUACCUCAGAAAAGGUUCAGAGCUUAGGAGAAAAGCUGUCACCAAAGUCUGACCUAUCUCCAUUAACUCCAAGAGAAUCUUCUCCUCUGUACUCUCCUACUUUUCCAGAUUCACCUUCUGCAGUCACAGAAGCAGUGUCUGCUAGUCACACAUCUCCAUUGUCACUGCAAGUGUCCUCUGAUAAAUUGUUUGGUUACCAGGCUGUCACAUUACAAGAAACCCUUACAAAGCACAGCCCAGAACCUUUAUCCAGCCCAGAAAAAGAAGAUUCAGAGAAAAGCAGCAGAUCACCAGAGGAACUUAGUUAUUCUUAUGAGGCCACAGAGAAAACCACUAGGUCACCGGAGGAUAUUAGCUACUCCUAUGAGGCAGUUGGAAAAUCUACUAGAUCACCUCAGGCCACAGAUUAUUCAUUUGAGACAACAGGAAAAAUUACCAGAUCACCUGAGGCCACUGAUUAUUCCUAUGAGAUGAGAGGGAAAAUCACCAGUUCACCAGGGGCCACAGAUUAUUCCUAUGACUCAGUACAAAAGGCCACUGUGUCACCUGGGGAUACAGAUUACUCCUAUGACAUGAUGCAAAGGACCACCAGGUCAUCUGGAGAUUCAGAUUAUUCCUAUGAGAUGACAAGGAAAACAACUAGGUCACCUGGUGAUACAGAUUAUUCCUGUGACAUAAUUGGGAAGACCACCAAAUCUAUUGAUGUCACAGAUUAUUCGUAUGAGAGAAUUGGGAAAGGUACCCAACCACUUGAUGAUAUGGAUAGUUCAUAUGAGGCAAUGGGGAAAACCACCGAGUCACCAGAAUCCAUUAGCUACUGCUAUGAUACAAGUGGGAGAACCACCAGGUCCCCUGAAGCCACAGAUUAUUCAUUUGAGACAACUGAGAAAGCCACCAGAUCACCUGAAGGUGCUAGCUAUUCGUAUGAGGCAAGCGCACAUUUUACUCCAGAAAAAUCAUUAGCAGAAUCCCGUCAGGAUGUUGAUCUAUGCCUUGUGUCAUCCUGCGAAUAUAAGCAUCCUAAAACUGAACUUUCUCCUUCAUUUAUCAACCCAAAUCCUCUUGAGUGGUUUGCAAGUGAAGAACAAUCUCAAGACCAAGAAAAGCUGCUGACUCAGUCUGGGGGAGCACAGCCACCCUCUGGGGGAAAGCAGCAGGGGCGGCAGUGCGAUGAAACCCCUCCGACUUCAGUCAGUGAAUCUGCCCCCUCUCAGACUGACUCAGAUGUUCCUCCAGAGACUGAGGAAUGCCCUUCCAUCACUGCAGAUGCUAACAUUGACUCGGAAGAUGAGUCAGAAACCAUUCCAACAGACAAGACAAUUACAUACAAACACAUUGAUCCACCACCUGUCCCAAUGCAGGAUCGCAGCCCUUCCCCUAGGCACCCUGAUGUCUCCAUGGUUGAUCCAGAGGCUUUGCCUAUCGAUCAGAAUUUGGGUAAACCAAUGAAGAAAGAUCUUAAAGAAAAGACUAAAAUCAAGAAAACAGGCACUAAGACCAAGUCAUCUUCUCCUGUUAAAAAAAGUGAUGGUAAAUCAAAACAAGCGGCUUCUCCAAAGCCAGCCGCAAAAGAUUCCCUGGAAAAAAGCUCCAAAACAGCUUCUCCGAAAAAGAAGGAGUCUGUGGAGAAGGCAAGCAAAAAUAUCUCUACUCCAGAAGUGAAGGCCCGAGCAGAAGAGAAAGAUAAAGACACCAAGAAUGCAGUGAAUACAACAGCAUCCAAGUCAGCGAAGACCGCCACCUCAGGACCUGGGACUACUAAGUCAGCAAAAUUCAUGGCAGUGCCCCCAGGACCUCCGGUGUAUUUGGAUUUGGUGUACAUUCCGAACCACAGCAAUAGCAAGAAUGUUGAUGUUGAGUUUUUCAAGAGAGUGCGGUCAUCCUACUAUGUGGUGAGCGGGAAUGAUGCUGCAGCUGAGGAGCCAAGCAGGGCAGUUCUGGACUCCCUGCUAGAAGGCAAGGCCCAAUGGGAGAGCAACAUGCAGGUGACCUUAAUCCCAACCCAUGACUCAGAAGUGAUGAGGGAAUGGUACCAGCAGACACAUGAGAAACAGCAGGAGCUAAACAUCAUGGUACUGGCAAGCAGCAGCACUGUUGUUAUGCAAGAUGAAUCUUUUCCCGCAUGCAAGAUAGAACUGUAAGAACAGGCCAUGCACCACAACACUAAACUUCGUUUCCAGAAUUUCUUCAGUUUGAAAACACUUUUUCUAAAAUUUCGACCCAUCUGUUUCAACUGCUGAACUAUAUACCUGCCAAAUACUAUACUGUGUCUUGGUGAUGCAAGUCACUAAUAUUUUUCAGUCUUUGCUGAUUGCUAGGGGAAGUAAAAGCACCCCCAUAGUAGGGUUCAUAUUACUGCAAAAGUACAGAUCCAGUUUCAUCUCUGCUGAACUUUUGGAAACCAUGCACUAGCAACCCUAACUGACUUCUGCCAGGUAUAGGCGUUUGCCCUCUAAAGAGAGGGCAAAGAGAGAAAGAGAGGGGUAGGAGGAGAAAGUAAUAACUACUUAGAUCUGCAUUAUAGUCUCAUGGCAAUAGAUGUACCGCUUACUGCAGUCUGCUUAUGCUCUCGUAUGAAAAGAAAUUUUGAACUUUUUAUCUAUCUGAGCUAUCACAAUGGGGAUACUUACUUUACAAAGUCAAAUUAUUCUAGAAAAUAAGAAGAAACAGAAUGUGUCUAGGAAGGGACGUUCGACCUAAACUCUCAUUAGCAGUUUUUCCACUUUAAUUUGAGCUCUGCAUACUGACAUGCCAUAACAGUCAUAGGCCAAAUAUGCACAUCAUCAGAAUCCCAUCCAGAACACUAAAACUUUCCUUUCAACAUGCAGAAUUGUUGGUCUAAGGCAUGCUCCCAGUGAAAGUCCACUUACUCCACUCAGAAUUGACCAGUCCAUGUGCUUAAACACCCGUGUCAAGUGCUGAUUGACUGAAGCAAAAUACCAAAGCAGUUGGGAGUACAGUAGACAAAUUUGCCUUAGAAAGUGACUUGAAUGUACAAAGAAACUUGAUGCACUUAUUUUUUACUGUCGAGACAGCAAAUUUAUAAAAACAACCGUUUAGGAUCAUAGUUACACCAAUAAAGAAGCGUGAGUGUGGUACUAGAAACCCAUCUGACUGGUCAAACAGUUUGGUGCUAUGAGUUGCAUUUGUUAGUCACCUGAACACUUCACUGUUGCACCUGGACAGCUCAACAAAGCAAGAUGAGCAUUUUUUUUUCCCCGAAAGUUUCUUCUGUACUGUGAAAGCGAGACUGAAGGGGUGUCCAGUAUCAGAGCUGCAAACCUUAGUGAAAUAUUCAGAACGAUAAAAAGGCUGCCUGCAAGUCUGUACAGUAUUCAACCUUCCUUUGUCUUACCUUAUUUGUUUAAUUUAAGAGUGAAUAUGGGAACAAAUGUACAGAAACCUUUUUUAGCAUUGCGUGAACUUUUAAUAGAUGAAUUUUUAACAAAAAGUUUUCAUUUACAGGAAAAUGAAGAAUUUUCAGGUGAAGGCAAUUUUUUUAGUAGUUUUUUAAGGUAAAUGAAUAAUGUUGUUUAAGGUUUUAGUGAGAAUGGAUAUUGAGGUAAAAUUAGUUGAAAAUCAUUAACAACCAAAACCUUUUUUUUUUUGAGGUGGGAGAGGGGGCAUUUUGAGGGUAAAAUUCAUCUAUUGGCAAUGACAGAAGAUUAGAUUCACGAUGAUGAUUGCCUAGUAUUAACAGGGAUGUAGGCUACAUUUUCAACACUCAAAAGAUCUCGCAGGAUGAUAGAACAAGCAAUAAGCUAAAAUAGGUCCUUUUCCUUUCCAUCUCCUUUUGCUUAUCCCUUUCCUUUCUCCCCUUUCCCUUUCUUUUUUCUUCUUUCCUUUCCCUCUUUCUUUCUUUUCUUUCCUCCCCCUUCUUUUCUCCUCCCUUUCCUUCUCUAGACUGCCUGCAGAGGAACGGCAUGUAGUUCUGUGAUUCAAGAUAGUCUGGAUCUUUAGUCUCAGAAAUUUUACCCUAAUAAUAAAAGAAAUAUAUUGCAUCGAAGAAAAUCUGUGAAUUGAAAGUUAAAGAAGGUGUAAAGGCCUCCAAAAUGGGGAUAUGUGCUGGUCUGUAUGAUUCGCUUUUAUGGCUGGUUCUACAUUUCAAAAUGUAGUGAACUAUGACCUUAUUUUCUUUACUUGUAAUUUAUUUUAGAUUUACAUUGUUAGGAUAUUUUUGUUUAAUAGGUAUACGUUUGCACUCCUAAUUUGUAUGAUUUUGGUUCUUUUUUAUUACGCUUUAGGGCCCCUUAAUUGUGGGCUCUUAAGGCCUGUUCAAUGCUGUGAAUUACUGUUUGUCAGUUAUAGGGGUUUUUGAUUUAUUUUUAGUGUCUUCCUUUUUUCUUUUUAAGGUACCUCUGGCAAUUCUAUUUAAUUUAUUGCUAUACCUUAUAAGUGUUUAAGAAUAAGAAUGACUAUAGCACAAAAGGCAGUUAGAAUUAUGUUGUGAAAGCAAACAUACUUGCUGGGCUCAUAAUCAUUUACUUUAAAUUGCUUUACUUAACACACAACCUUCCAAGUUUUAGGCAACGUGUUUGACAGGAUAGUUGUACUGUUUCUGCAAUUCUUUCUGCUUUGUCUACUUUCAUAUGUAGGUAAGAUUUAGAAUUUUUUGAGAGGAUGGGAACAGAUCUUCUGGUUUUCUGACAGAAUCUGAAACAGUUUGUACCUUUGCUUUGGUAGAAAGUCUGUUUUAGGCACAGCCGUGGUCCUGAGACAAGUCUCACACCAAUGUGAAUCAGGACCAAUUUCGCUACAAUCAGGGAAGUUACAGACACUUGAUCCUACUGUAAAUUAGAAUCAAGCCUUAAAUCUCUCAAAGUAAGUUUGUGAUGGCUCAAGCAUUUGUUUUACUUAUUUAAAAAAAAAAAAAAAAAAAAAAAAAAAAAAAAAAAAAAAAAAAGGCAGUUAAAGCCAAUCUUAUAAUGUACAUUCAUUUUCUGCUGCUACAAUAAUAUUAAAAGCCCAGCCUGGCUCCUCUGAGGUAUUGUAAUGCCUGUUCCAUCCAUUUCCUUUUAAAUGGUAACCACGCCUGGGUGCAACAUAGCGAUGAACUCCCUCCUCUUGCCCUUAAUGUCUUUCCUGUCUGUGGAACUAAUCUAACUGUGCUAGUCGUAAUACUACACAAUUAGCUUAGUAACAGUCAUCAAAAUGUACCAUGUACAUUAAUGAUGAGUGCUGUUGAUCGGCAUAGAUUUCUAGGAGCAUGGUUUGUUAUUGAUUACUCUAAUUAUAAAGAUUCAAUAUCUGAGUGCGAAAGACACUCCAUUUAAGUGAUGGUGUUAUCCAUAAUAGCAUCCCAGCCAUGAUCGUUAUGCUACUAACUAUUCUACUUAAUAAAUUUCAAUGAAGAAUUACCUUUAGAGAUCAUCCCCCACUCCUGAACUUGGACAGGGCCUCUCGUGCAUGCCUUUUCAAAGUCCUGUGGUGGGCCCAAUGUCAUCGACCUCUACUUUUUAUCCCAUCUUUCAUAGAAUUCACUUUUGAUUUUUUAAAAUUACCUUACAUGCAGUGGUUAAUGGAGAUAACUGUGUAUAUGAAUGUUUUUUUAAAAAUUGUCUAUGAUAGCUUACUCUAUUUAGGAGAGUUCCAGUACUCAUUUUACUAAGAUUAAAUUGAUUUGUUAAUUGAAUUUUGAAUCCCUCCCACUACAAGCAAGUCAGCUCCAAAGAGCGCUUACUGUACAUCUGGGACAUUUCUGUCAUAUGCUUCUCUUUGUUCAUCUGUCGCCAGAGGUUCUUUGCUCAGUAAUGAUGUGUUGAGAGAAAUAGUAAUAUUGUUGGUCUGGAUUUAUUAGAAAAGGAGAAGUAUAAUCUUUACAUUUGAAAGAAGCCGUAAGCUUUCAUCUCUUCAUGUAGCAAUUGAACAAAACACUAAAAAGCAAUUAGGGGCAAGCAUUUCUUAGGAUGCAGUUAUGUGGUCCACUCAGUUUAAAAAUGUUUGGUACUUAAAAAAAAAAAAAAAAACAAGGUCUGAUUGUUGUGACUUUAUGAAAAACCUAAAAAAUUAAAUGACUGAAUAAAAUAGUGGCAUACAAAAUAUCAUGAGGUUAAAAAAAAUACUAAAAAAAAAAAAAGAAAAAAUAAUCCAAAGCUUCUCUGCGCUAGACUUGCUGGGAGCUCCAGAUGGCAGGAGCUGCCUUUUCAAGACUGGGCUGUAAUCACAACUUUAAAAGAACAAGUCUGAAAUAUGCUUUCACGCAUUUGCAUGCAGCCCUUUUCUUCCCAACUAUGGAAAGAAACAGUCUUGUUGCUACUGAGAAGCACCUCACACACCUCCUCUCUCUUGUUCUGAAUGGUGUUUGUGUCAGUCUGCAGCUGUGUAUGGUACUAUGUCUUAUAAUCCUGCAUCACUUCUAUUCUAUCCAGUCAUAUCUAAUGUAGAAAAUUAGUUUCCAGUGAAAGUAAUAUGUAGUGCUUUUAUGAUAUUUGUGUGCAAUAUCCCCUCUUCCAUUGAGGAUAUUUGAUGUAAAAGAAAUAAACUCAGUUCCACAAUAAAAUACAAAAGUGGUAAAGA